AUGGGAGCGCCGCAGCCGCCCCGCCACGCACGAGACCCAGGGCACCGGCGCGCCGCCGCCAGCCGGCUGCCCCGCGAGCCCGCCGCCGAGCUGCUGAACCCCGCGAAGUCCAGCACCGCGGCUCGAGGAGGCUGCCCCGCGCCGGCGUCCCACGAGCAGGGGGAGAGGGGCCCCGCCGCCGCCGCGCCCACCGGGCUUUGCCCGACAGAGCUCACCGGCGACGGCGGGGGGGAGGGGAGGAAGGAGGGACCGAGGCGCAGCAGGAGCGGAAGAGGGUUCCCGCGCCUUCUCCCUCUCGCGUCGCCUCCUCCCUCUCGCGUCGGCUCCCCCUGCGGGCGGCUCGGGAGGGCUCAGCCACCGCUGCCGCCACCUAGUCCACAUCCAGCACCCUUCUCCCCCUCCGCCGCUGCCGAUGGUUGGUGCCAGGCAAAGCCCGUGCGUGCGACGGCGGCGGCGGAGGGUCUCUCCUCCCUCUCCCGGAUCCGCGAUGCCGCGGGCGUCCUGAUCCGCGAGGUGCGGCCCUCCUGA